UGCACACUCAUAAUUCUGUUCCUUUCGAUGUCAUUUAUUGCUAGAAGUAGGUAGGAGAUGGUUUUCCCUGUGCCCGUUUUUGCCUGAACGAGUAGGUCAUUUGUUUUUUUUUCUCUCAUAACAUUUUCGUAUAUUAUUUUUUGCACAUCUGUGAACUGCUUGUAUUUGAACACUUCCAGAAGGCUCCUCUUUGCGUCUCUGUCAAUUUCUUCCGCCUCUUCUAUGCUGGUUCCGCCUUCGCCCCCGUCUUUGCAAAGCAAGGGUUCUGCAUCCUCCUGUUGCGGCUUUCCUGGGGAUGCUUUGGACGGGUUUCCGCGUAGCUGAGGUGAAGGGGUAGGCUGUUCGGGGGGGAGCUUCACUGGGGGGAUCCCUCCACAGGGCGCCCCUGCACCUACUCUGCGUUUACCCUGCGACCCCCCGCUGAAAGUGGCCCCCUCGUUAAUGCCCCCUGCAGUCGACGCGUAGGAGGCGCUUUUAGCAUCCCAAAUGGGGACUCCUCUUUUAUGUGCACGAAGCUCUGUGAAGCCCCUUCUCAAGAAAAAAAAACGUUUGCCACUUUUGCAGGCAAAUGUGGAGCGCUUCAAAUUUGCCUGGCCGAGCAAAAACGAUUUCGUGAAUCCGCUGCAGCAGUGUUUCCGCGGGGGGACAACUAAGCUGAGCAUUUUUUUUAAAAUUGGUUUUUGCGAAAGAGAAGGGCAAGUAAGCGGCAUUUAGGGGGUACUCUCUCCACGGGCUCAUUUCUCAAAAAAGGCAAGUGGCGAUGCGCCCGCAAGUGUUUAAAAGAACAUAUUUAUUGCAUAAGUAUGGAACAUGCACAUGUAGGCGUUUGAUUGUCCCAUUUGGCGUUCCAUUUGUCGCAUCUGCGCAGAGCGUCACCGGGUUCCCGUCGGCCCUCUAGCCAACGUGGCAUUUCAAAGGGCACAGAAAAAGAAAAAAAAAUUAUGUGUUCGCGCCUCGUGCGAAUGUUUAGCUAGCCAUAAACGGGUUCGCUCGCUCAGAUGUUAAAGCGGUAACUGCAUGGGUGAAUGGGAAAAUACGCCACAGUUUUUGCGAUUAAAAAAAUGUUCCUUUUUUUGGGAACCUCUUUUGUUAACAUGCGUAUCUUUCUCCCUGAAGGAGGCACGAACGUAGAGGCGCAGUCAUGAAAAUAAGCGGCAUGAUAAGAAGCUGCAUGAUAAGAAGCUGCCUGCGUACCGAAUUGCAAUUCAUACACUUCACAUAUAUUUUAAGCUGAGCCAACUUUGGGGUGGGCGCAUAAAAAAAUAGAGCCGCUUUAUUAGCUUACCCCGCGGGGGAAUGCUAAACGGACUAGUCAGUAUAGCAUACAUGUAAGUGUAUUUUUUAUUCCCCUCUGUGGUGAAGCAGACCGAUUCUGUUGGAAGGGAGGGUGAUUUUUUUUUUUAAAUUUUUCCCAUCUGGGGUGUGCACAAAUAUACGCUCCGCUAUAUGGGUGUAAUUUGCAAAGGGGCAAAAUGAACGAACCGACAAGUGGAGAAGCGAAUCUGCCAGAUGGGGAGGAUGGUGUAAGUGCGAACGGUAGAAGUGACGGUGGUGCAGGUGGGGAAAAGGGCAAGGAUACACAUAUGAACCGAAGCGACAAUAACACAUCUACCGCAGUGGAGGACAACCAGGAAGAGGGUGAGCAGAAGGGGGAAGCGGACGAGCUAGGUGAAGACGCACUGAACGAAAUGUUUGACGAUUUUUUGAAAGACAUUGAGAAUAUUUCCUCCACUAUGGAAAAUCAACAGGAAGGAAAAAAACUAAAUAAGGGAGAUGCACAAAGUGAAAUAGCUAGAUUGUUAGCAAAUAAAAAUAGCUCACCAUUUGAAAUAUUUGAUAUACAUGAAGAUAUCAAUAUGGAAAUGAUUAAGAGCAAGUAUAGACGGCUGUCUGUGCUCAUCCAUCCAGAUAAAUGUAAAAUUGAGAAAGCUAGUGAGGCGUUCCACAUUUUAAAUAAAGCUUAUGAAGAACUGAAAAGAGAUGACAUUAAGGAACAGUACAAGAGUGUUUACGAGACGGCGAAGAAGAAUAUUAUAAAAAAAUUAAAUUUAAAAAAAAUAAAAAAUGAAUUGAACGAAUAUUUAAACAAAAACGAAGAGGAGUAUGAAAUUAGUAAGGAGGUGCAACUACUGAUUAACGAAGAAUGUGAAAAUCUUCUAAAAGUGCAGAAGGAAAAAAUGGAAUAUGCACAGAAAUGCAAGCUAGCCAAUUUGCAAUAUGCUAAAGAAAAGGAAGAAGAAAAAAUCAAGGAGGAACUAAAAAAGGAGGAGGAAAGAAAAUUGUGGAUUGAGGGCAGAGACGAAAGAGUAAAUAACUGGAAGAAUUACAAAAAGGAGAAUUUGAAAACGGAGAAGGAGUUCCAUAUAUAUAAAAAUGUGGGGAAAAAGAAGGAAGAGCGCACGGAAGAGGAGAAGGAAAAACUCAAGAGGAUUCCCUCCACGAAUCGGGUGGAGAGCGAUGGGAACAAGAAGAGGAGAAAGACCUGA